AUGGCAACCCCUCUAGCUACUUCCGGCCUCGACCUCUUUCGUCUGAACAACGUACUCCGACUUCUAGUCCAGGAUCCUCUCGGCUUUCUCAAAUACGGCGAUGCAGUACACGAAAUCCUUAUUGAUAGGGAUGGCAGAACAGGGGGUAUCUUCUUUGGUCGCUCGUUCAUGGACCCGACUCAUAAGCAGUAUUUCCGCGUUUCCGAAAACGGUGACGCAAUAACUCUCAUUCCUGCCUCUAAAUUGGAUCACAUACUGAAACUGCCAGAAAAUAUCAGAAGCGAGAUAAUCAAGCACGUCACACAACGCGGAAAGACCAUAACCUUCGACUUGGAUAAGGGGACAUGUGAGGACGGGGACCUGGUUCUGGCUUCCGUGUGUCGGGAACUUAGAGGGGAGAGCUUCAGUCAACUCCAGCUAACCAACAAGUGGAUAGUCAAAAUGGCUUCCAAGGACAAACGUACCAACUUUGACAACUUCCGCAAACUGGAGAAAUUUUGGUGCAUUGGCAGAUCGGCACAGUUUCCUUGGCGCGGCAGGGAAAUACAUACACUUCAACACUUCGACUGUUUGCUUGAAGUAGAAGCGGCAACUACUCCAGAGAAUCUCCGUAUCAACAUCACCGACUUUCUUCGUAUCACUUCUACUAUAGGAAACAAGACAGGAAAUCUUACUAUAUCUGCGACACGCGGCCAGGACGUCGCCCCAUCGAAUACCUCCACAUCCUUCGAGGAACUACGCUGGUACGUCCUAAUAGCUCUAACAGAGUUCGUCCGCAAGCAUCCAGAUGCCAAUCACAGGCCCUGCCCCAACAUCUGGAUCAAUGGUCUCGGCCAAGUUGUUGAAAUCGAGAGCGCAGACACGACGAUGGAUCCUCAAGCGUACAUACAAAAGUACACACCCUGGACCACACAUCGCCGUUCCAUCUUCAGAGAAUAUGGUCUUCUACUUAAAGAGUUCAACUGCUGGCGCGAAACUCCGCCCGUCGAGGCUUUCGACGGCUCUGCACGCUUUUAUGUCGGCUGGCUCCAGCGGUGUGGGUUUGGUGUGAGUCCGAAGUACUGGUCUGAUGCCUGGCUGUUGACGGUGGCGAAGGUUGAGAGACAAGAGAACAUUCACUUUUUGUCAACGCUGCUCUUGCUCGUACCGUAUCGGGUGCUACCCCGGCCCAAGUCACAGUCAAGAGAAAAGGGCUUCACUUCAUGCAAGCAAGCUAUGGCAACACUCCCGCGAACGGAACCAAUACCGGAAACUCCAGCCAUUCCCGCUGUGUCUGGUGCGAAAACUCUCUUCUCUUUACCUGGAGAGAUCCGGAACAAGAUCUAUGGCUAUCUACUUCCGGCCCACGGCGAGAUCGAGAUACACCAGCUUGUCCGAGACCAGAGGUUUGCUUCCGCCGAUACUCGUCCGAUACACACCCAACACGCACAUGCGCUAAAGCUGCUUCUCACGUGCCGGCAAGUCUACCACGAGGCCACGUCCUUAUUCCUGUCGAGUAACACGUGGGUUAUCUCAAGGGCUUCGUAUGAUAAGUCAGGGUACCGAGUUACACAAGCAGACGACCUCGCAACUUGGUUGACUAUGCUCGGAUCUAGUGCGGCUAUGGUACACAAGGUCAUUGUCAACUUGGCUGAAAACACCGACAAUGGCGGUGACCAACUCAAAUGGCGCCUAAAAAUUGACUCCAGCAAGGAUACAACUGAUAUGGCUGAGGCUGUCAAACUAGGCAAUCUACUGAAGUCUCUCUGGGCAACCCCUAAUGCGAUCCGUAAGAUGAAGAUUGUCUGCCCCAAGGGAGCAGGCAAAAACUACAAGUACCGGAACAACAAUGAUUUUAAUCCCAUGUUCAGCAAGACACAUCCGGAGAACAGGGGUAACAAGACACAUCCAGUCUUCGACACUAGUGCUAUCACAAACGCGCUCAUAGCUCUCCGACGCGACGAUCUUGGUCUGAAGAACUGUGGGCCUCUGGUGCACGAUGUCCUCAUCCGAAGAGAUGGUCUAGAAGGGUAUAUCCUGUUCGACUACAACUACUAUAAGCCAUCACACAAUCGUCCCCGCGUUGAGAGAACCUACGUUGAGCGGAAGUUCUCCAUCACGAACGGCGGCAAAACACUGUUACUUCAACCCGCAGACACCCCCGGAUUGAUGAACCUACCACAGCACCUCAAGAUCCGGCUGUUCGAAUCGCUCUGUCUUGCUAAAGGGUUUCUUGACCCCUGGCGAAGUACAGUCACUAUCGAUCUGGACCAAAAGACCACAGUAGGCGCAACUCCAGUGCUGGAAUCGGUAUCGCAACAUCUGCGAUCGGAGUGCUACUACCGCUUCUGGCUAGCCAAUAUGAUUUCAGUCAAGAUGCGGAGUACAGACGUGAAAACAGACUUCGACCACUUCGACAAACUACGCGUCUUCUGCUGCACUGCGUCUACUCCACGUGAGCCCUGGAGGAUGAGCAACAGACGUAAGGGAAUUCGUGACCUGGAGUUUCUACUUCAGUUCAACGUUUCGCUCGCACCCAAACUCGAUGAUCUGCGUAUCAACAUCCUCGAUUUCCUACGCGUGACGUCGUACCUCGAUAGCCGCGACAGGAAAAUCACGUUUCAGAUCGGCGAUAAAAACGAUAAGGCGUCUGUCUCCUUGGCCCACCUCCGCACAUGCGCUCUCAUCGCCCUGACAGACUUCCAACAAACGUACAAACGCACCCGUCCAGACACUAAGCGCUGCCCCAACAUAUGGGUAAACGGCUACGGCCGCAUCUUGUGCGUUGAAGGGCCAGGCGGCAAAUCAAUAAAUCCAUCGGAGACCAUACAGCGGAACGUGUCGCGUGGAGAUGGUGGUGAAGAUGUCAUUGUCGUUAACCGGGAGUUCCGCAAGAAAUACGAUGGGAAUACAGGAGAUGGAUAUUCUGCGACACGCCCAGGCCGGUCUUUCGAUGAACCAACCGGCCCCUCUGCAGCCAUGGAGCCCGAUGAGAGUAGAUUUGAUAACCUCCGCGUAUACUUCGAUGAGUUGCCCUAUUACCCAGCUAUUGCUGAAGGCGGAUCUAAGCCUCGCGACCCGACGGCGCCCUCAUUCCUCACUACAUUUCCCGCUGAAAUUCGUAAUGCCAUCUACGACGCCCUAUUCCACGUCUAUGACGGUAUCCGGCUAUCCCCCUCGGAGAAGUUUAUCACGCGAUCCACGUUUGAAGACCAAGACGUACGCGCGGCUCUGGUGGCGGGCCUCCCUCUCUUGUCCACAUGUCGACAGAUUUACCAAGAAGCCGCUACGACUCUCUACUCCAACAACGUUUGGAUCGUGUCUAGAGAUUUAUAUCAGAUGGACGUUCAAGACGGCAGCGUUCUGAACGGAACAAUGACAGAAGCCACAGGCGCGGUGGUGCUGCUCAUAGAUCUUGGCUCCCGUCGAAUGAUGGUUAAAAAUAUCCUCCUCGACGUGGACAGGGCAUGCCCUAUUCCGUGCGAGACUCAUGGUGUUGACCCGUUUUGGUUUGCACCACACCUUGGACCCGGCCAUGCAGUCGAGAUGUGGACCCUCGUGAGAGCAAUGGCGCUACUGCCGCAUCUUACAGUCGAGUUUGUGCAUCCGAAGCGUCAAGCAUACUACGACUUCCACCCUUCCAUCGGAGCUUCUGGAACUGGACUCGGAGUCGACAUCGACGGUCUCAAUACCGCUCUCCAAACGUUGCGGAAAGAUGCUAUAAAUAUCGGAAGAUACGGGCAGCAAAUCAGCGAGGUCUAUAUUCACCGAGAUUGUUCUUCAGGCAUUAUCGUGUUUCAGACGUCCAGACGCGUUGAAAUGUACGAUCGUGCUCAACUACGGUUCAACAUAUCCGAUAAGGGUGCAACGUUUGCUUGGGCAAAUCUUGAGCGAGAGCCGCAUCAUCUUUUUGGUCUACCAGAACACAUUCAGCGACAGAUCGUAAGUGAGGCUAGCUCUGUUGGCCGUUCUGACUCCUAUGGGAGCGAUUCGACGAUUGUUUGGGAUGUCGAUAGGAAGAUAUCGACCGGAGUCAGUCUAAUCUGUGGCGCAAUAUGCAACAAGUUGCGGUAUGACUUUAUGACCAUGCUCAGAUUCUACAGGCGGAACAUCAUCAAAAUGUCCACUAGUAAACUUCGCUCGGAUUUUGACGAGUUCAGAACCCUCCAGGAGUCCUGGAGCGAGGAUAGCUACUUCAAUUCUCCUUUGGGUAAACCCUCUGAUCCUUACCCAGUAAGCCUUCUUCUGGAAUUCCAUGUACACCCUGAAGUUACUCUGGAAGAUAUCAAGUUGAACAUCACCAAGCUAUUACAAGUUACGGCAAUGUGCAGAGGUCGCACGAAGGUCACGAUUUCCAUCAAUAGAGGGGAAGCCUUCCCCAGCUCCGAGACCACCACGAACCUGUAUAUAUGCCGGGACCUAGCUCUCUCCGCACUAUCGGAUGUAGGUCCGGGCCAGUGGGAUGUGUCGGAAGGGUUCUCUCAGGAUAAUCAUCAUCCACCAAUAUGGAUGAACGGCCGCUUUGAAGUUGUCGAAGUCGAUCUGAAAGAUCGUAAGUUGCACUCAUGA